AGAUUGAAGGGGCUGGGCCCACAGUGGAGAAAUGGCGAGAAUGGUAAACCAGAACGGGUGUGGAGUGGAAACACGUAGCCCAGAGCCGCAGGGACCGGGCCGGGGCGCGGCUAGAUGGGGUCCACAACACGCUGGGGCUCGAGAACUGGCCAAUUUAUACUCGCCAGGCAAAAGAUGUCAAGAAUGGAUAAGUGUUGUCCUCUGCUUCUCUCUUAUGGCCUUCAAUUUCAUUCACCUCCUUGCCAAUUUCCACCUGGGGUAUUCGUGGUACAUUCUGUUGGGCAUUGUGGCAGGAAUACUCACUGCAGACUUUGCAUCAGGACUCGUUCACUGGGGGGCUGACACAUGGGGCUCAGUGGACCUACCCAUCUUUGGAAAGGCCUUUAUACGACCAUUUAGAGAGCACCACAUCGACCCCACAGCCAUUACCCGUCACGACUUCAUUGAGACCAAUGGUGACAACUGCAUGCUGACCAUAGUCCCUCUAGCAAACAUGGCCUUCAACUUUCUCACCCUCUCCCCUGCGGAGUUGUACCAUAUCUACCCCUGGUACUGCUAUUUGUUUGCACUAGCCAUCUUCGUGACUCUCACCAACCAGAUUCACAAGUGGUCACAUACGUACUUCGGCCUGCCCCGUUGGGUUGUGUUCCUACAGGACUGCCAUAUCAUCCUACCGCGCAAACAUCACCGGAUCCAUCACGUCUCCCCACACGAGACAUACUUCUGUAUCACUACAGGUGUUAAAGUUCCUCGCAAUUUCCGGCUAUUGGAAGAGCUGGAAGAAGGUCAGAAAGGUGUUGGGGAUGGAACAGUGAGCUGGGGUCUGGAGGAUGACGAGGACAUGACCUUAACACGAUGGAGAGGAGUGAUCCUCGGCCCACCUAGGACAAGCUAUGAAAACAGGAUGUACAAUCUGAAGGUUGAAUGUGGGCCAGGUUACCCAGAGUCACCACCAUUCGUCAGAUUUGUGACGAAGAUAAACUUGAAUGGCGUGCACAACUCCAAUGGUGUGGUCGACAUGCGAGCGGUGUCUGCACUGGCCAAGUGGCAGAACUCUUACAGUAUCCGCAUGGUGCUGCUGGAGCUGCGACGGCUCAUGACAUGCAAGGAGAACAUGAAGCUUCCUCAGCCACCAGAGGGCCAGAUCUACACCAACUGAGCCCACGCUUCUUUUGCCUCCAUCUUCUUCUACCCCCCCAAAACUCUUCUGUUUGCUUUCAUCCUUUCAUCCCAUUCAGCAUCAUGUGACAUUCCACCUCCUGCCAACACUGACUGAACACACACUCAACUUACAAUAACAGUGACAGACAACAUUCAGACAUACAUACACACACAAGCAUACGUAUAAUAACUGUAUACACACACAGAGUUAUUGAGUGUUCAUGGAAGUCAUUCCUGGCUGCGGCCACUCCCCCUUCCCAUCACUGGAGCUCUGGGUGGACUGUGGCGAGUCCUCAGUCCAACCCAGAUGUGAUCAUUCAAAUACUGUACAUCUUACUAAUUUUUUUAUUAUUAUUUGUUAAAAAAUCAGAUUGUACAAUAACAUAAAUAAUCUUAUUGAGUGUACCUCUUUGUGUGUUGCCUUUUUGUAACAUUGCAAACGGCCACUUAACAUAACUGCACAUAGUUCACUAAACAUGUGUGCUUGCUGUUAGUUCUGAGAUAAUAAUCUUUAAAGGUGUACAUAUGAAACCUCAUACCCAAAACACACUGAAAAUGGCAGAAGUAUGUCUUGUAUGUCAUCAGAUGAGAUUUUCUUUAGGGUGUGCUGAAGCUGGCUUGAGUAUAUUUUUUUUUAAGCAGUUCAUAGUCCAUGCAUGGCUGCAGCUCAGUAAGGAUGUUCGUCAGCUAUCACACAUGGCUUUUGUACUUUUUUUUUUUGGGCAAACAAACUGCAUAUUUUCUGUGAUACUUGUCCAAAGUGAACAUUGUGUAACUAUACCACUAUAUCUGACUGAUCGUAAUAUGCAUAGUAGCAUAGUAUGCAUAUCUACUGUAGUCCCAGUUAAACCAUGCUUGAAAGUAGAACUGAAAUCAGCUACCUCUAUUGGUCCUGUGUAAUGUCAGAGGGAUUACCUGACUUGUGAAACUGUCUUUGCUACUUCAUGUGACGAUUUGUUUUUGUUUCCUCCACUUCUUUCAUAAAUCUGUAAUGCUUUUC